GCUGCAGUGUCACAGCUCGACAGCACCAGUACCAGACCGCCGACGAGUUGGAGCAUGGCAGAGGACACAACAGAAAAGCCUGAUUGUGCUGUACAUGAAGAUGUGGUGUGGCAUUGCACACAUGUUUCGCGAGAACGAAGGUGGGAGCUCAAGGGUCAACGAGGGGUUGUGUUGUGGCUUACGGGCCUCAGUGGUUCAGGAAAGAGCACCGUGGCUAACGCCUUGGAUGUCAAGCUUACGGCAGAGGGCCGGCACACGUACAUCCUCGAUGGGGACAAUGUUCGCCACGGCCUCAACAGCGGCCUAGGCUUCUCGCCGGAAGACAGGAGAGAAAACGUCCGAAGGGUGGCGGAGGUGGCCAGGUUGAUGGUGGAUCUCGGAAUCAUUGUGCUCGUCCCAGUAAUCAGUCCGUACCGCCAAGACCGAGAAAGGGCAAGAGGAAGGUUCAACAGCGGGGAGUUUGUGGAGGUGCACGUGUCUACGUCGCUGCAGACUUGCGAACAGCGAGACCCAAAAGACCUGUACAAGAAGGCACGAGCGGGCGAGAUCACGAACAUGACUGGCAUCGCUGCUGAUGCGCCGUACGAGGCUCCCGAGAACCCCGAGAUACAGCUGCUGGCGGAAGGGUGUUCGGUGGAAGCCUGCGUCGACAAUCUCUUGUCGUACUUGAGAGAGCGGGGCUACCUAAAUGUACAACCGCCGACUGCUGGUAGCAGUGGUGGCGGCGAUAUGUAG